ACAACUGUAACCAUGACUAUGGGCAAGAUCAUCUUCUACGAGGACAGGAACUUCCAGGGUCGUUCCUAUGAGACUGGAAGCGACUGCGCUGAUGUGUCCUCCUACCUGAGCAGGUGCCACUCCUGCAGGGUGGAGAGCGGCUGCUUCAUGGUCUACGACCGCACCAACUACAUGGGAAACCAGUACUUUGCCAGGAGGGGAGAGUACUCUGACUACCAGCGCAUGGGCAUGAGCGAUUGUAUCAGGUCUUGUCGCAUGAUCCCCAUGCACAGAGGCCAGUUCAGGAUGAGGAUCUACGAGAAGGAGAACUUCGGUGGUCAAAUGCACGAGCUGAUGGAUGACUGCGACAACAUGCAGGACCGUUACCGCAUGAACGAAUGCCAGUCUUGCCACGUGAUGGACGGCCACUGGCUGAUGUACGAGCAGCCCAACUACAGAGGCAGGAUGAUGUACAUGAGGCCCGGCGAGUACAGGAGCUUCAGGGACAUGGGCAUGAGUGGCACAAGGUUCAUGAGCAUGAGGCGUAUCAUGGACUCUUGUUAUUAG